CAAGGUCACACCAACUUCACACCGCAACAGACAGUGCUUAGGCAACGCGACAGAUAAUAUUUUCAGUGGUGUUCAAUUCUGAGUUUGCGAUAUUCAAGGAGAUACCGUUUUGGGUGGGAAGUGAGCAAGCCGAUCUGAUGUCAUCUGGAACGCCCAGUGGAAUGCGUCUUCGGACAAAAUCAUGCUUCCUGAUAUGGGCCCUGCUGACAAUGCAGCAUGGAAGAUGUGAUGACAUUCCCCAAGCAGCCCAGAAAGCAGUCAGUCUUCCAGACACCCAAGAGGAACCUGAGUCAACUCGUGGUGUUCGAUCAGUACCUCCAUAUGGAAUCGGAGGGCCUGGAAGACUGUUACCCCACUAUGGUUAUGGGUUGCCAGGACUCCAUCAUGGCUUUGGGGAUCUAGUCACUGCACAUCAUGGACUUGGAGGUCAUAGAGGUUUAGAGCUAAUUCAUGGUCAUGGUCUAGGCGACACCUAUGGAAGUGGGUUUCAUGGAGGGCUUCUUGGUAGUCAUCACACCAUAUCACCCCUGCACAGAAUGAGAAAAGCUUCCGAUGAUAAUGAACUCAAUCCACCAAACAGACUUACAUUUUAUGGACACCCUGAGAGGAAUCAAAUUAGUAAUAUAGCUCCUGCUCUUGAAGCAUUCCCAGUGAGACAAAAAUAUGGCAUGCCUCUUGAUCAGACAAAUGGAAAUUAUGAGCCACAGCUAAGGUAUAAUAUUGCUGGGAUCGAUACAAGCAGCCAUCCUGCUACCAAGCUGUGGCAUUAUCCAGGUGUAGGAGCUCAUGGAAUUGGAGUGGGGCUGGGGGCAAACUAUAGGCCAGGCACACCAGAACAAUAUAGCAAAGGACUUCCUGAACAUCAUGCAGGCUGGAUAUCAGCACUUCAUGACCUGCAUAAUGUCCAUGGAAUGGCUGGACUAGGGAAACCAGGGCUUCCUCAGAGAGUCAUACCAGGCCACAAUGGAGAGGUGACAGGAGUUCCAGUAAUGGAGAUACAUAAGAACAUUCCACAUAUCCAUGGAAGUUCAUCUUCUGGAUAUGGAGGUACAAUAGGAGGAUAUCAAGAGAUUGCUAACGAUCAUAAUUUUGGAAUACAUAAAGAUAUGCAUAUAGGUGAAACAGAUAGCUAUCAUGGGGCGAGUCAAUACCAUGGAAUGGCUGGAUAUCAUAAACAUCUUGGGGAUAAUUAUCAAACAAAUGGACAUCAUGGAAUAAAUGGAUAUCAUGGAAGUGGAUGGUAUACAGGUGGGGUAGCAGAUGAUCAUGGACCUUUGACGUUUGGCGAAUCUUCACAGGGUCCUUUGCCACAUGGUCACGGCAAUCAGUGGGACGAAGACUUUGAAACCGACCAGAAUAAUAAGUUCUCAAUAUUUAAAAAAAACAUACAUCUGAAGCGAGACAAGCACAACAAAAUGCACAACAAGAGAGAUUCUUCCGAAUGGAGAAAUUUGCUGCCAAGUACUGACGAAAAAUUCUCUGGCUCAGAAAGUUUGGAAACUAAAACAUCAGAAACAAACUACAAAAUGGAAGAGAAUAAUGAAAGCACUUCACUUCCGGAAGGCAUGGGAAAUGACAGUAAAGAAAAUGCAAACAAUGCAAAGCAUUUUGACACUAUAAACAGUGACAAUACUGUAGGAAGUAGCAAGACCAGUGAUACGGUGGAAGUGUCAAGACAUGAUACUACAUCCCCUGAUAAUCUAGGUGGAAGAACUAAACUAAGUAUGAGCAAUAAUUUUCUUUAUAAUACAGGCAUGUCUGUGGCUGACUAUCCGUCAGUACUGAGUAAUGGUGAACGGUCUGCCACUCUUUAUGCAAGGGGGCUUCUUAUAGACCUUCUGAAUGGGGGCAGAGCUACACUGGAUGCUGGGAACAGUAAUCAGAUACCAGAUGCAGUUAGUCUUACAGGUGCGGAUAAUGCUUUAGGGGGGGCUCAAAAUGGGAUCACAGCAAAGCACACACCAGGAGGAACCUACCUGACAGAAAGUGGAAAUAGCAAUCGAGGGGGCUCAAAAAUACAACAGUAUGAACAAAGCCCACAAGAGCUAGGAUAUAUCUUCAAUGAUAAUGCUGAUGGGAAAUUAUGGACUCGAUACAACUCACGCCAGUAUGAUUAUCAUGGUGGGGAUUUUGAUUAUGGGCUAGUCCCAAUAACAUACUGGCCAUGGUACAAUAGUUAUGGUCAAUAUUACAUGACACCUUACCCCACUGUUCAGACAGAUUAUGGUUAUGGUCUGAUGCAGUUUUGAAUGAAUGAUUAUCAGUGUGUGACAGAUUGUAACAAUUUAGGUCUGGAUGGGAAAUUACGAGUUGGUUUAUUGUGAGAAAAUGUUUUAUGUCCAGUGUUCUUUGUAUUAAAUUUGUAAAUCAAAAUGUAUCACAAACAGAAAUAAUAACUUUUCUUCCAUGAA